CAAGGACCGCGCCGCGCUGCGCCGCCGCAGUCGGGCCUCGGUCGCCCUGGUAACGCGCGUGGGGCUGGUUCCUCAGCAUGAACGUCCGGGUCGCGCGGGCUGCGUGGGCCUGGGGCCGGGGCGUGAGCUGCUGCCGCGGCGCCUCGAGCCACCUGCUGCCUCCCUCGGGGGCGGUGGACGUGGAGGAGCUGCUGCGAGAUGGGACAGCGGCGGAGGAAGGGCCCCGGGAGGCCUCGGUGCGGCGGUUGCCGGGCCAGUGCUCGGUGCUGCUCUUCCCCGGCCAGGGCAGCCAGGUGGUGGGCAUGGGCCGCGGUCUGCUCCGCUACCCGCGCGUCCGCGAGCUCUACGCCGCCGCCCGCCGCGUGCUGGGCUACGACUUGCUGGAGCUGAGCCUGCAUGGGCCGCAGGAGGCCCUGGACCGCACCGUGCACUGCCAGCCUGCCGUCUUCGUGGCUUCGCUGGCCGCCGUCGAGAAACUGCAUCACCUGCAGCCCGCGGUCAUUGAGAACUGUGUUGCUGCUGCUGGAUUCAGUGUGGGAGAAUUUGCAGCCCUGGUGUUUGCUGGAGCCAUGGAAUUUUGUGAAGGUUUGUAUGCAGUGAAGAUCCGAGCUGAGGCCAUGCAGGAAGCCUCGGAAGCUGUCCCCAGUGGGAUGUUGUCCGUCCUCGGCCAGCCUCAGUCCAAGUUCACCUUUGCCUGUCUGGAAGCCCAGGAGCACUGCAAGACUUUGGGCAUAGAGAACCCCGUGUGCGAGGUGUCCAGCUACCUCUUUCCUGACUGCAGGGUGAUCUCAGGACACCUGGAGGCUCUGCAGUUUCUCCAGAAGAACUCCUCCAAGUAUCACUUCAGACGCACCAAGAUGUUGCCGGUUAGCGGUGGGUUCCAUACCAGCCUCAUGGAGCCAGCUUUGGGGCCCCUGGCACAAGUUUUAAAGGCAAUUGAUGUCAAGAAGCCUCUGGUGUCCGUCCACUCAAACGUUAAUGGGAAUAGAUACAUGCAUCCCAAACACAUCCAGAAAUUGCUGGUCCAGCAGGUGGUCUCCCCGGUGAAGUGGGAGCAGACGAUGCACGCCAUAUAUGAGAGGAAGAAAGGCACCGAGUUCCCCAAAACUUUUGAAGUAGGACCUGGGAAGCAGCUGGGAACCAUCCUGAAGAGCUGUAACCUGCAGGCCUGGAGGUCCUACAGUCACGUGGAGGUGCAGGAGGCUGACGAGGACCCGGACUAGAACGUGUAGGGGCCUCCCAAGACCUUGGCGUGGAGGGGGCGUGGCUGAGGAGGCCGAAGGGGCUCCAGUGGGGCCGAGCCCAGCCAGGCCGCCUCCUCCAAGUGAUUGGGAGGGAUUGUUUGCAGAGUGCUUUGAAUGCCACAUAAAAAGCACUGAAAAUGAGUAUUUCUUUACAUGACACAGUCCAUUUUUCCCCCCUUGAAACACAUUCGAGUGCUGGGGAGAGAUGCAGCUGUGACGGUUCUGUGAAGACUGGUGAGUUCCUGCCCUGCCUCUUGGGCAGGCCUCUCCGCCUCUCGGGGGCUCAGGGGCUCCUCUGUGCAAGGGGCUGGAAGGACCUGGCUGGCAGCUGUGUUCCGAGGACUGGGAGGGCCUGGCCUGCUGCCGUGUGGGUGCCGUGGGCAGGUGGCAUGGCCACAAGGCUGACCAGUGCCAGACGGGCUCCUCUGCUGCCCCAGCAUCCUCUGGCCACACACGGCCAAAGCCUUAGCUCCUUUGUCACUGAAGCCAAAGGGCUUUAGGACCCAGUGGGCUUUGGCAGCCAUUCUGUCCACCCCUUCACUCAACAGUUGGGAGACCCAGGGCCCCAUCUGUUAACUUACCGCACAGAAAGUAUUGAGUGCCUGCUGUAUGCCAGGGAGUGAGUGGCCUCUGCCUUGGUAGGGAAGAGGGUCCUUUAGCAAGGCGGGAGUGGUGCGGGGAGGGCGGCUGAGGGCCCCGUUUCCUCCCCCACCCCCAGUCAUCCCUUUAGACUGCAGUCAUGGAGUGCCUGCUGUGUGCGGGGGCCUGGUUCGGCUCAGGCCCACCCGCAGAGCUUAUCCUCGGCUGCUCCGCACCAGGAGCCGGGCGCAGACUCUGCUCCUAAUAUCAAUAUUAAAUAUGAGUAAUUCUAUA